AAUCGAUUGUGCUUCGGUAUUAAUCGCAUGAGCAUCAGGCCUAUCGAUGCGUCAUCUGUACGUCGCAUCACCGCUGGCCAAGUCAUACUCGACCUCCGGACGGCUGUCAAGGAGUUGAUCGAGAACAGCCUAGACGCAGGAGCAACUUCUGUGGAGAUUCGCUUCAAGGAUCACGGUCUCGAAUCAAUCGAAGUCAUCGACAAUGGCUCCGGCAUCGACUCAAAAGAUUUUGCUUUCAUCGCACGCAGAAGCCAUACGUCCAAGUUGACUGACUUUGCCGCGCUUGAUCAUGUCACGACCUUUGGUUUUCGCGGUGAAGCAUUGGCCAGUCUCUGCGCACUCUCGAAAGUCACUCUCGUUACCGCGACAGAGGCGACGGCGCCCAAAGGCAGUACACUGUCACUCAGUGGACGAUGUAAAAUCGAGACCGCUUCGGGCCUGCUGGUCAGGUCAGUUGCGCGUCAGAGAGGCACGACCAUCACAGUGACAGAUUUAUUCGCCCAGCUGCCUGUCAGGCGUCGUCACUUCGAGAAGAACGCUAAGCGAGAGUUCGGACACGCGCAAGAGCUUCUACAGGCCUACGCCCUCAUCAGUGUGGGCGUCAAAGUCGUUGUCAGCAAUACGACAGCAUCGGGCACGAAGUCGAUACAGAUCCAGACAGCCAACAGCCGGACACUACGCGAUACAUUCACAAGUCUCUUCGGAUCAAAACCACUCGCGAACCUUGUAGACUUGGACCUUUCGUUCUCGUUCAUGCCCCCCAGGUCCUCACAGAGGCUCAGAGCUACAAACGACAUGGCAGAUUCGAUUCUAGUCCGAGUGCGCGGACUUAUCUCUAGACCAGGUCAUGGGCGCACGGCUGGAGAUAGGCAGUAUCUUUACUUGAACGGGCGGCCUUUUGACGCAGGCAAGCUGACGCGAGCCAUCAAUGAUGUGUACAAGUCGUGCGGCUCAGCAUCUUCGUAUCCGGUCAUCGUCGCUGACUUCAGUCUGCCUACUGAUACGUACGAUCUCAAUUUGUCCCCCGAUAAGCGUACAAUAUUCCUGCAUAGCGAGCAAGCUUUCACGGAUGCCCUCAAAGACAGCCUGAGGGCAUUCUUUGACCGAUACCAGGGCGUUUAUGCGUUGAAGCAAGCAAAAGACACGCCGACGCCUUCACCGACUAAGUCGCAGCCGCUUGCAGCAUAUGCCGCACGUCAGAUCACGCCAGCGCAGCUGUCAGGGAAUAUCUCGAUCCCAUCUUCGCAGUCAAUACGUGACAGACUGUCGAGGAUGGCGUCCGAAGAAAUUGAUGAAAGCCCUCCAGACUCUGUCCAGUCCUCGUCACCGAGCGCGAGGUCGCCGUCGGAAGCAGAAUCGUAUGCAGAAGAGGCUCACCCUUUCGCCAUGCAGCAUCUAUCAAAUCAGCCCCGCUCACGGUCAAGUCUUGGCCGCAAAGGCAUAAGACUUGGUGAUGCAGCGACGGGAACGCCUAUGUUGAUGCAGACCAAGCUUCCUUUUCGACGGACACGGUCAGGGAGUGUAUCUGUUCGGGAGCCGCAUGAGAUGGCAAGCAAACGAGCGCGUAUUGCGAGCUUCUCUCCUGAAGAGGAGCCGGAGCUUGCAAUCCGAUCAACUGCUAGCGACUAUAACGACGAAGAGAUCAUUUCGAUGGAGACUCCGCCGGCAGCCCCGUUAGGCCAAGAACCUGUCAUCCAUUCGGAGAGCGCAGGGUCAAAGCCCGCAGCUGACGUCGUUCUUGAGGAUGUGAUCUACAUCGACGAUGUCGAUGCCCAGACAGAGCUAAUGCGCGAGUUUGAGAGCUUGAAGGCAGCUCAUGUAGUCAAAGUCUCUUGCCAGCUUGUCGAUAUGCGAAAAAAGCGCGUUCGUCGCGCGCGCGAUGCAUUGGCAGACCUGCAAGGCUCACAUGACGACGCAAUGGCUGGCGCUGCUAUAGACGCGGAUGCGAUCCGUGCAGAAGCCUCCCUGACGAGGACGGUGGCGCAGGAAGACUUUUCAAGGAUGCAGAUCUUGGGACAGUUCAAUCUAGGAUUCAUCAUCGUGCGGCGAUCAGAGAGGUCGCAAGACGAUAUCUUCAUAAUCGAUCAGCAUGCGUCAGACGAAAAGUACAAUUUCGAGCGUCUGCAAGCGCACACAAAAAUGCAGUCCCAGCGACUCCUGGCACCGCGUUUGCUUCACUGGACUGCUUCCGAUGAACUACUGGCGAUCGAACAUGAAGAGAUUUUGCGUGCUAACGGCUUCGAAAUUGCUGUCGAGCGAGAGGCGCGAGUCGGGCAGCGCGUGAAGCUGAUCGCUCAGCCUAUGAGCCAGAAGACCACUUUUGGCGUACCGGAGCUGGAAGAGCUGCUCUUUCUGCUUCGCGAGAAUGGCGGCCGAACGAUGGUCAGACCAACGAAGACGCGCAAAAUGUUUGCAAUGCGCGCUUGCCGCAGCAGCGUCAUGAUCGGGACCGCUCUGUCGAAGCAGCAGAUGACGAGCAUCAUAAGGCACAUGGGUACCAUGCAAGAGCCGUGGAAUUGCCCGCACGGACGUCCGACGAUGCGUUUCUUAGCACAUGUGCCGGGGCCAAGAAUUAAGAUGCGACACCUGACACUCGAAGAGCUCGACAGUCUGUGA